AUGGGCGCGGCCAGUGGAGUCGCAGCAGCGCCGCUGUCGUACUUGGCCUGCGAGACGCCCUGCUGCGACGGCCAUGAGAGUCUUCUGGUGGAACACCGGCAGGGCACGAAGAUUGGCUUCGCGUCUUUCGAGAGCCCGUUCACCGAAAUCGACGACCCCAAAAGUCCUCAGGGCUACAGCAAGAUGGAGAUUGUUUGUGCUUCCGACCUUGAUGCAUACCGCAUCAACCGGUGGGCAAAGGACGACAAGGAUGUGAAGAUGAGCCAGGGAAUAGCAACGCUGGAGGCCUUUUCCGCGGACAUGUCCGGCAUGAUGCCUCUGGCACCACCUGAAGGAUACCUCGCAGACAGCCCCGAUGGGCAAACUGUCCUCGAUCUGGGGGACACCGCGGAGUUCCUGGACCUGGAGGGCGAUGGGCUGGCCAAGCUGCAGACGAUCCAGACCUGA